GUCAAAUGACGUGUGUCAUCGUAAGAUGAUGACGGCAUAUCAGUGCACAAUUUACAUUAACCUAUCUCCGUAAUGUCACAGUUUAGAUAAGACAGAUUCUAAACGACAUGUCUCUAGAAGACGUUUCGUCGUUGCUUUUGCCCGUCUAUAUAUCUUCUUUAUUUUUAAUCACGUGAAUUGGUUUUAAUUUCUCAGGCAUGGGGCUGGCAUGGCCUGUCCAGGUGCGGUUCCUGCACUUGGCGAUCAUCGUCCUGGCACUGCUGACUUUGGCCAUCUUCCUCUCGUACACCAACACCAGUCAGCUUCACACAACGGCAACGCCGACCAGAAGCCUGAUGACACUGGAGCGCUUCCUGCGAACGAACGCGACGGCCGCCCAACCGGAGCAGGCGGCGCUCAAGAACGACGCGUCGCCACACAGUGCCACACCGGAAGAUCCGAUCGUCCAACCGGUGGUGACGUCUAAUCACAGUGCCAGCGGGAACGGCAGUCAGCCCGACCUGACCAGAGGGGUGCCGGCCGAGUUGAUCUACCAGGCAGGACACGUGGACAUGAGCCAGCAGGUCUGUCCGGAACUGGGGAAGAACAUCAAGCUGUUGAUAUGCAUCACAUCCGCGCCGAGUCAUGAGAGUGCCAGAUUAGCUAUUAGAGAAACCUGGGGCCACUACGCCAUCAGGAAGGACGUGGCCAUCGCCUUCAUGCUGGGCUCCACGUCCGACGAAACGCUCAAUACUCGAUUAGAUGCAGAACAGGAUCUGUACGGUGAUAUUAUUAGGGGAAAGUUUAUAGACACUUAUGACAAUUUAACGCUAAAGACAAUCUCGUUGCUCGAGUGGGUGGACAACUACUGUCCGAAAGCAGCUUUCGUACUUAAAACCGACGACGACAUGUUCAUCAACGUGUCGCGUCUGCUCGCCUUCCUGUCCAAACACAAGCCGGACCAGCGUGCCAUCUACGGCCGACUGGCGAAAAAAUGGAAGCCGAUCAGGAACAAGAAGUCCAAAUACUACAUCUCGCCACAGCAAUACAAACCGUCAGUAUUCCCGGACUUCACGACCGGUCCCGCUUACCUCAUGCCCGCUCAACUAUCCAAAGAAUUGUACACGGCCGCCCUGAACCACACCUACUUCAAGCUGGAGGACGUGUUCGUGACCGGCAUCGUGGCGAACGGGCUGAAGAUCAAACGCGUCCACGCGCCGGAGUUCCUCAACAAGAAGGUCUCGUUCACGCCGUGCAACCUACAGAAGGCGAUCAGCUUCCACAUGGUGAAGAGUAGCGAACAGUACGAUCUGUGGAAGAGGCUGCACGAGGUCGCCAAAUUUUGCAAGACCUGAGGCUGGCGUGAACGCGGUCGCAACGACGACGAUCAGGGUCACUCAAGUGCGGCGGCGGAUAGCUCAAAAGUGCUGAUAGAGAUCAGAAAUUCACAACGUCAGGGUUAGUUUCAUUCGGCGGUGCUAGUCAAUUGGAUCGAAACUGAUUUGAUUGCUGUCGAACUCGAAUCAUAGCCUGUUUCAAAGCGAUGUAAUGUUUUUAUUAUUAUCAUUAUUAUUAUUUACUUGGUCCUCCACAAUUUUCAUCACAAGUAAUUAGCAUUUAUUGUUGCAUAAUUGUCUGAAAAUGUAUCAUAUGAUUUUACAACAACAGACAUAUUUUUAUUUAUUUACUCAUCGUAUAGACUGUUUUUUUAUUUUAAGUUGCAUUUUAUUAUUUUAUUAAUCAGUAUUUUUUAUUUAUAACAUUUAAGUAUAGAAGUCUGAAGAACAAUUCGUAUUUAAAACUGUUUUAUCCCACCUAAACUUGCUUAGAACGUAAUUUAACCUGAAUAUAUGUUUCAAAGUAAGAAAAUAAACAGGUCAGAUAAAUGGUUGGUAAAUGUUUCUUAAUUCUGUAACAAAAUUAGAUUUGAAAUCAUGCUUCUGUUGAUGGUCCACAUUCCUGAAAUUUGAUUUCGACUAAAUAGUAUUCCCCAGCGGUAUUAUUAAAAUUGAAGUAUUUAUCCAAUAACAGUAUUUAAAUUGAAAAUUGUGUAUUAACUGGAGAGACGAACGACCACUAAACAAUCUGUGUUAUCACUAUUGAGCUAAUCGUCGUACUGUCGCAUCACCUCAUGUAAAUUAUUGAAAUCGCGUUUUUAAGUAACUUUUUGAAAACAAUCAAGGCCGGUUGUCCAAGGAACAUUUUAAUCAUUAAGAAGUUAGACGUGUUAUCCCUCUAAGUAGACUCAGGUUUUUCUUUGAGAAGCCCAGAGUUACGCUCUUGUAUCUUUCGAACAGUUUAUAGCGUGCCUUUUUAAUAUUAUUAGAAGUUUUAGCACGUUUUUUAGAUGUUUUUCGAAGUCCGUAUUCUUAAAGUAAUAAAUAAAUGUAUCUCGAUGUAUACCGUAAUAAUCUACUAAUGCAGCUCAUGUGAAACGCAACCGGCCUGUACAUAAUCGUGGAAUCAUCUCAGAAAAAACUACUCGUCAUUAUUUAUGCUACUCAGCGGUUUUGAUGUCAUUUUAUUUAUAUGGAUUAUUCUAUGUUACAAAAAAUCAUUUUGUUUAAUCAUUCAACAGCAUUAACGAUACUUCUAUGAGCCCUGUCUAUAUAAGUAUAUAUUCGUUUAUAAACAGGGUUCUUUACAACUAGGGUAUUAUAUGAAAUGUAUGUUAUUUUUGUAAUGAACAGUAUUUUAUUUUAAGUUAAAUUAUUAAAUACUUUUAUUCCUGUUAGGUUAAGAAUUAUUAAACUGGGCAUCACAAAAGUAAAUGAAUCAACAGAUAUAUACUCAAUUAAUAAAGCUGUGAAACCUGCUAUUAAAGUAGACUAAUUUAUAUAAAUACAAAAAAAAUAUUUUGUACAUAUAUAAGAAUUUUAGGCAUUCGUUUUUAUAUUUUAUGUAUAAAGGAUGAAAUAAUAAAAUUAUUGUAAACA